AUGCGCUGCUGUGCACUGCACACUGCUGCGCCCCACGCGCUGCUGCGCCCCGCGCUGCGACGCCCCAUGCGCUGCUGUGCCCCACACGCUGCUGUGCCCCAUGUGCUGCUGCCCACCACGCACUGCUGUGCCCCACGUGCUACUGUGCCCCACGUGCUGCUGCCCACCACAUGCUGCUGUGCCCCACAUGCUGCUGUGCCCCAUGCGCUGCUGCCCACCACGUGCUGCUGUGUACCACACUACUGCACCCCACAUGCUGCUGCGCCCCACGCGCUGCUGUGCACUGAACACUGCUGCGCCCCACACGCUGCUGCGCCCCACACUGCUGUGUACCACACGCUGCUGCGACCCACGCGCUGCUGUGCGCUGCACACUGCUGCGCCCCACGCGCUGCUGCGCCCCGCGCUGCGACGCCCCAUGCGCUGCUGUGCCCCACGUGCUACUGUGCCCCAUGUGCUGCUGCCCACCACGCACUGCUGUGCCCCACGCGCUGCUGUGCCCCACAAUGCUGUGCCCCACGUGCUACUGUGCCCCAUGUGCUGCUGCCCACCACAUGCUGCUGUGCCCCACGCGCUGCUGUGCCCCAUGCCGCUGCGUCCCAUGCUGCUGCGCCCCACGCGCUGCUGUGCACUACACUGCUGUGCCCCACGCACUGCUGCGUACCACACUGCCGCACACCACGCACUGCUGCGCCCCACACUGCUGUGA